CCUAUUCCCCAUGUGUUAACGGUGGCGAAGAAGAAUGGUGCAUCUCUGUUCGGCGAUGAUGGCGAGGAAGAAAGCGAUGAGAUUGAGGACCAACACGACGACGAUCAGCAGCGUGGAAGCCAUUAUUGCUAUUGUUAUCGAUUUCCGGCGGGAAGUCAAAUCGGUCCAGUGCCUACGCUACAGCAACUCUGGCCGGUGGACUUGCCCUCUCUGCUACGCCUUGGAUUGGAAUAUUCAAUUCAACAUUUUCUGUUUUCUAACAUCCGAGGCCGAGAAACUUCACUCGAUGAAUUUGCUGUUGUACAUGGUGUCGAUGGCGGUGAUGAUUCUGCUGUCGUUCACGCUGUACAUCGAAGGGAAUGUGGCGGCGGUGAUGUGGAGAUCGCUGACGCUGUAGGUGUCGGGGAAAACGAAGGAGGCGAUGGCGGUAGUGGUUUUCGAAUCCAACCCUUGCUGGUGCUGGGGAACAGAGAUGCGCCAUUCUUCUUCGCCACACACAUGGGGAAUACUUUUGGGGGCAAUUAUUUGGGCCAUCACCGCUUGGGACAUUAGCGGUGAAUGGCCCGAAAGUGUAAGGCUAAGUUCAAUGGAGCCUCUAUAAAUGGGGGAGUCUCUAUAUUUUGAGAAAAGUUAGCUCCAAUGGAGUCUUUAUAUUUGGGGGAGAUAUGCAAAAGGAUCCCCAAAUUUGGGGGUGGAAAUGGGGGAUCCCCCAAAUAUAGAGACUCCCCAAAGCCCGUCACGUGGCUUUUCUUUUUCUUUUUAAGAUUUUAGGGGUUAAUUGAGGUUUAAUUAGGAGAUUAGUUAGGGAUUAAAUUAUAUCAAUCAUUUUCAAGUGUUGUGUGUAAACCCAAAUUAGGUACAUAAUUUUUCGCCAAAAAAAUUUGGACUCGGAAUUUAACAAAAUUCUAUAAAAAAUUUGUAUUUAAAAAUGAUGAUGAAUUAUACAAAAAUUAAUAUGAACAAAUUAUAUUAAGGCUUCGAUAAGUACAUUUUUAAUUAAAUGGAAAAACUGGACAAAUGAAAAUCCCCAAAUAUGGAGAUUGAAGCAUUGGAGCAAAAGAAGAGAAAAUGGGUAUCAAUCCCUAAAUUUGAGGAUGAAGCAUGGUCCAUUAAACCAUAGCGUACCGGCGGUUCAACCACAAAAUACCAGUAUCGGAGGCUAAACCGAUAGGCGGUAUUUAACAGUAUUAACUAGGGCUGAAAGUUUGGUACCGGUAUUUGGGAUAUACCGAAUACCGUACCGAAUUUGUCUAUAUUUGGUAUUACCGAAUACAUGUAUUAUUUCUUGGGAUUGAGAUUGGGAUUCAAGUUCAAUUGUUAUUCGGUAUUAGGGAUUACGGGAUUGGGAUUGAGAUCGGUAUAUACCGAAAUACCGAACAAUACCGAAAUAUAAGCUAGUGUGUAUUUUAUCCUCUCAACUAGACUCUCUCAUUCACUACUAUACUACUCCAACCACCAAUCUAUUGCUAUUUUCAUAACACUAAAAAACAAACACUAGUAUUAGUCUUCUCUCAACCUCCAAUUCGUCAAAUUAAAGAUUACCAAAGACAACAACUUGAGAUGUCACAUCUACUUCAUUCUCUUUAUCCAUAUCCUAGCUCUAGCCAAACUCAAAAUUCUUUGUUUAGUCUCUUUGUCCUAUAUUAAACAAUCAAAUCUAAUUUAUAUAUUUAAUUAUUAAUUAUAAAGGUAAUUAAUUUCGUAUUCGCUAAUACCGAUUGGGAUACCGAAAUAUUUAGGGAUUGAGAUUGGGAUUGAUUCUAGGGUGUAAUUCGGUAUUUGGGAUUUUGGUAUUUGAUAUUGAGAUAUCGAUACCGUACCGAUUUCCACCCCUAGUAUUAACGGUUGAACUACGGUUCAACCCUGAUUUUCCCAUAAAAUACCAUACUGCUGACUUUUCCGAUACGGUCUCUGGUACGAUUUCAUGAAACACGAGAUGAGGUAACAAAUUUGGGGUUUUGUAUUGGAAUUUGCAUAAGAUUACGUUCGCUACGACUUGAAAGAAAUCGCAUUCCCUUCCUCAAUCCCCGACCCUCCUGGCAGGCUGGCACCCAAAAACGCCCCAAAUUGACCUUCUACCAGGGUUUCCUUGUGAGUUCCCAUUAAAUCCUGCUCCUGAGUUCCAAUCGACGUUAGCCUCCAUGAAACUGAGGUAGCGGCCAACUUUCUUGCGAUUUACUCUUUUGCCUUUGAUUCGAGCUGGAUUGUAUUAACCGUGGCCCUCUGUUUGUUUCCCCAAAUCCAGGUUCUGACUUCUGAACUAGGCGACUAGGCUUUAUGCUGCAAGCUGGGUGCGGGAUAUAGGUCCUGACCUUCGGCCGAAUGAUUACAAGAAGCGAGAGGAGGGCCAGGAUGGAACAAAGAGCACCGGAGAGAAGGAGCCGUCAGUGCUUGAAGAUCUUGGUAAAUCACUAACUUCAUGGCAGCCAUGGCUUUAUCAAUGGGAUUGUUACUAUCCGUAAUUUGCCUUAAACAUCUCUUUUACAGUCUGAUGAUGACAAUGAUAUUGAUAUAUAUGCUUUGAGCGGCAUCGAAGGGAAACUGUGGUCAUUGUUUAUUAGACAUAGGCAGAGAAGGUUGGAUUGGGUUUCUCCCAGUUCCAUUGCUUAAUUGGUUUGUAGGAAUCCAGCACGCUACGGAUAGUUGAAUUUCAUUCUGGUCAUCAUUUUCUAAUUGUAGCACUGAGGGAACAGCCAAGUAGUUGGCUUAUUAACCUUUUCCUCCACUGGUUUACAGGCUUUUCCCGGUUCUGUUUCAGUUUAUCCUUCAACGACUCUUGUACAUCUCAGUUUCCAUGCUCACUUCCUUCACUUAUAUGUUAUUUUGCACCCAUGAAAUGGGUUGUAGCGGUUUCUGCAAGGUGAGGCGCCGAGACCUUGAAGCCAGCCUUCCAGCGGUUUUACGUGACAAGAGCUUCAGCAUACCGAGAUGCUCAGAAAAGUUUCAUAGAAGGGUAUCAGGAAGGUGUUCAGCAGGUAAUUGAGAAGAAGGAAGAAUCUGAUAAGAGACAAGAGGGACCAGCUCUUUCUCUGUGGACGUGUUGACACAAGUUUAGAUUGUUCAUCAAAGUGUAGAUGAGCUUUAAUUGUUAGGAUUUUAUAUUCGCACAAGCCUCCCUACUAUAACCACUUGUUAUGAGCGUGAAGAUGCCAAAAAACCUGUUGUACAUAU